GCAAAGUGGUUCGACACGCGAGGCUUUAAUUUUGCUUAAAUUUGAAAUUACAGUGCAUCGACUGCGCUGAAUAAAAUCAAUGGAUUCUUAAAAUGUGAAAUGACAAAUAUCAGUACCUCCCUCCGUUGAUCUAUUUAGUGAGAAACAUAUUUGUGGUGUGUUUUAAGCUGUCAUCUACGAGUGCGGAGAUCAAGCCUUAGUCUACCUAUUUAUCAUACAAGGUCUGAGAAAAAUGUCUGAAAAUCAAGAGGAGCCAUGCACAUCAUCAAGUAAUCCAGCGAAUAAUGGAAAGGAAGAGAAAGAGCAAGGUGGGGAAAACCGUCCUCCAAACAAUUCUGAUAGUGACAGAGUGGUCGUAGGUGUAUUAACAAUGCCACUUAAAAAAAGUCAAUCAUCAUCUAAGACUGAGACUAUGGAGGCUGAUACUACAGGCAUCACCUUAGAGACCACCUCCAAUGAAAACUCUCAAAAUACUGAUGACCAAGAGCAGGCUGGUGAAAAUGAUGAAAGUGGUCAAAAUGAUGAGGCUUCUCAAAAUGCCGACAGUCCCCGAAAUGAUGAGGGUCCUAAAAAUGAUGCUGAAGAAACAUCAAAUGAUGAAAGUAGCACGUCCAGUGAAUCCAGCGACGAUGCUGACAAGAGUCGCGAGAGAGAAGCAUCACCCGAGCAUGAUGACAGUCAGCCAGAAGAUUUGGCCAUAGAAACUUCUGAAUCCGAUUUUCAUGCAUACUGGCGUCGUGCAGAUCAUAUCCAGUUGCCUCCACAACUACCACCAACUGUAGAUCCGGAAAUUAUUGACGUCGACGCCUACGCUGAAAGGGUUGAACGUGAAGCACGGCAGCGCCCAAUAGAACUCAGACGCGAACCGGACGUGAGCCCCCCUCCCAUGGUCAAUGAAGAGCGUCAGGAGCCCAUGAACCUGGUCCGCCCGUCUCAGGCACAGCCGCCGAGGGCUAUGGAGGGUCGAUCAAAUGGACAUGUACCCGUUGUGAAUAUGCCGAAAAGGCGCCGCUUCAAUUAUGAUGCACACUCCCGCUACGUCGAGGACAGGUUUCCCACAAAUCGGCGAGUGGCGCCGGAACCCGUACCUCUUAAUCUUCAUGGACCCCGCGGCUCGCGUCUACACAGCCCACAAGGACAUCCCAACGAAAUCUUUCACAGCCCGCCAAGACCAAUUGGCAAUCUUAGGAUGGGCGAAGGAGAGAGAUACCAAUCCCCCUUUCCUAUCGUACGUGGCAGAUCACAAUACCGUUUCCCUGGGCUGAUCGACAUAGUGAACGGGGCAAUGGGUCCCGGUCGAAUGUUUUCCUCGUUCCUGCAAUCGGGUUUCCCAGGAGGUCACGUGCCGGCUGCUUUCUUCGGUCCUCCACCACCACCGCCAGUCGCGAGACCCGGACCCGUGAAUGGACCCCGGGCUCAGGAUGCUCCCCGGCUCCGCAUUCGCCCGUCCGAAACGAUCACUUCAGCUUCUCAAAACCAAGAUCAACAACGUGCUAACUUUCAGGGUGCUUCAUUUACUACGUACAGGUCAAACUGAAUUUUCUAUUGAUAGUUUAAAGGUAGUAAUAUGUUACGACUGCUGAUGGCGAGUCACUUAGAAGAGCAUGCCUCAGCGAGCGAGCCAAGGAUCUCUAUGCUCAUUACGUAGAUAUAGAAUUUACCUACAUACAUGUCAUUAUAAUGCGUAAUUUACACUUAUUUGAUGUUCUUAUUGAAAUGUAUUGCCUAGUAUAAGCAUAUUAUAAUCGUAAAAUAACUUAAUACUCUUGUCACUCUCCUCUAGAGUUUGACACUUGUUUAAAAUAUGAAUGUUAAAUAAAACUAGCUUAACCUGCUUUUUCAAGUUAUCAGUCAUUUGAAAUAGGUGUUAGUAUAUAGGUAUUAGUAUAAGUAUAUUCACAAGUAGCUCAGUAGUAUAGCGAUUUAACUGACUAGCAGUUGUAGAAUGCAUUCAUAUUAACUUUGCUUUUUUUCUUUCUCAUAUUCAUCAUUUCUCGUGUCAAUAUUUUGAACGAUAAAAUUUGUGAGUGGUGUUUAAAGACGUACCGAUUGAUAGCCUUGUACUUACGUGCUAUGGCUAUAUGCUUGCUGCGUCUUUUAAUUACAGGUGUCUUUAAUUGUGUCCUAACAGUAUUGGUGGUACCUUUUUAAAAGGUUUUAGGAGUGAACAAAUGUACAGGGAAAUAAGAUGUGAAAUUGCGGGGUAAUAGUAUUAUUAUUCUGACUGAAACGUUUAUUUUUAGUCUUUUGAAACUAUUUUUGUCUAAGAAAAUUUAAAAUGAAAUUCUUAUUUUGUUUCUAAAACUAUUCAGAAGCGAUAAUUUAAAUUUAAAAAAAACAAUAGUUCGUUUUUAAAAGAUUCCAAAUUUUUUAUAAGCGUCUUAUUUUCGUAAAUUAAUUAAGAUCGUUUCAAAUUGGCUCAGAAAGAUAAAAGUGACAAAUUUGGGGAAAAGCCUUAAAAUGUUCUAUUCAUACCAAUUUGAAACUUUUCAAUUUACUUAUGUCAAACUAUUUUUAUCUCUAUUCAUGGUUAUCCGUUGAUAAAUAAAGGUUCUCUAUAUUUAAGAUAAUACUUUACACAUGUAGUGGCAUUUAUCCCUAUUUGGAAAGUACUAACUAGAUCGCGCUAACAAUUACUAAAGGGAAGAUUGCAUGUGUGGGUGGAUACACCGACAGGAUGACUACGUGGACUAGUGGAUCUUACAAAUUAGCACUAAUUAAUAUUUGCACCAAACGCCUCAAGGCGAAUCUUUUUCUAAUUUUAUUUUUAUUGCUUUUAUGAUUGGACGAGCUCACGGCCCACCUAGUGUUAAGUGGUUAAAGGAGCCCACUACGUAAAUG